ACAAGAAAGUAUUUUUAAUUUUGGGAAUGAUGAAUAAAAUAGCUUCACUUUUCUCCAUGCAUCGGGAUGAACACAACUGGUUUACUUUGAUUAAACAAUUCUCUGUGGGCUUUUGAAUUUGGAAGCACAUGAAGGUCGGCUCCUUCUCUGAUUCCCACCUGCUACCGCUUAAAAGGAUAAUAGAACAGACAAUAUCUAAAGUCAACCAUGGAGAAAUGGAGAAAUUCAAUCUCAUAAUGCAGCUCAAGAUUUUGGGGGCGCUUCAGAUUCUUCCCUUUUACAGUCGUUGACUACUGUUUGUGGAUUGAUGUGACACCCCUUUCAUUUGAGUAAAGCACGUAAUUCAUUAGCUGGAGAUUGUUAACCUUUUUUUUUUUAUUGCUUAUGAAAUUUGCCCCCUCCACAUAUUGUGCUUAUAUUUCUUUUUUUUUUCCACACGCACACCAUCUGCUUGAUAAAAUUCCUCAGUGGGUUGUUACAUCGUAUUAUUCUAUUUGGUUGGCCGUGGACGUGAAUCUGUUUAUAACUUAUCCCCAUUAUCGCUUUCCUCCCCUAGAUUUCUACUUUGAAACGUUCAAAGUAAUGGGAAGACCAACCCCACUAAGAGGUCUCUUUUGCUUUAUCAAAAGUAAGGCUUCAGCCUAAAGCAGAGUUCUCUGUUGGUUGGAGGAGGAUAAGAGACGGCCAUCUUUAUAUCAGAGGGGUUCGUUGAGAAACGAAAAACUAUCAUUACGUGUUACGAUUGAACAAUUUAACACGAGGAAGAGAUCAUCACCAGAGAAAGAUGGCUUUGCGUCUUCAAGUUACUUCUUGUUCUCUCAUCCUCCUUGGUUUACUCAUUGCAAUGGUUGUACAACAAAGUUCUGCUAGGAAAUUAACAGAUGGCUAUGAUAAAGACAUCGAACAGUUUGUGAAUCUGAAAAUUAAUGAUCAAACAAACACUCAUAUAAAGGAAGUUGAUGAUGGUCACCCGAAGAUGAGCAAAAAUCAUAAGUAUGCUCAUGCACCAUCUCACAUGGAGCAUUUAGAUCCUUUAUUAUAUGUUUUCUUCACCUUGAGUGAUUUGAAAGUUGGAAAAAAAAUGCCUAUUUACUUUCCUUACUCAAGGCCAUCAGAAACCCCAAAACUUCUGCCUAAAGAAGAAGCGGAUUCCAUUCCUUUCUCUUCAUCACAACUUGAAUACCUUUUAACUCUAUUCUCCUUUCCAAAAGACUCUCCCCAAGCCAAAGCUGUUGAAUAUACUCUUAAGCAGUGUGAGCUUGAAUCCAUCAAAGGAGAGACCAAAUUCUGUGCCACUUCUUUAAAAUCAAUGUUGGAUUUUGCUACUAAAAUGUUGGGAGGUGAUACCCAAUUGAAAGUCUUGACCACCACUCGUCUCUCCAACUCCACUAUCCUCCUUCAAAACUAUACAAUUUUGGAGGAACCUAGAGAAACAGUAUCUGCAAAAAUGGUGGCAUGCCACAGCAUGCCUUACCCUUAUGCUAUUUUUUACUGUCAUUGCCAAGAAAGCAACAACAGGCUGUUUGAGAUUUUGCUAGGGGCUGACAAUGGUGACAGAGUGAAAGCAAGUGCCAUCUGCCACAUGGAUACCUCUCAAUGGGACAAAGAUCAUGCCUCGUUUAAAGUUCUGAAAACUAAACCAGGUGCUUCUCAUGUUUGUCAUUUUGUUUCUACAGAUAGUUUAGUUUGGUUAGCUGCCUAAUGUAACCGUCUGGAUUACCUACCUACACAUAUAUUUGCUUGUGCGGUUGAUUAUUUUUUUUAUUUAGUUCUUGGUUUGAUUAUAGGUGGUUUGUAAGUUUUAUAUACUUAUUAGUGUGUUAUUAGUUGAAGACUUCUCUAUGAAUUAUUUUGGUGUGUUUCAAAUGCAAGUGUCGAGAGAUUGUUGAUAUA